AUGUCUGAUCCGAUAAAGAAAUCACGAUGGGUUACAGAAGAUGAAGAUAAUGAGGAACCUAAAAGACGGGAGAAAAAGCAGAAACAUCGCCAUGAUAAUCACCAUCGCUCCCAUCCAACUAAUGCGAGCGCUGCUAAACUAUACCCUUAUUUGAGAGAGUGUCGACAUGUCGACUGUUUUGAGAAGCUUAAUCAUAUUGAAGAGGGAUCUUAUGGUGUCGUCUUCCGUGCGCGCGAUAAAGAAACCGGCGAAAUAGUAGCCUUAAAAAAACUCAAAUUGCAGUUAGAACAAGGUGGAUUUCCCGUAACAAGCUUGAGAGAAAUUCAUGCCUUAAUGAAUAUAAAGCAUCCUAAUAUCGUGAACGUGAGGGAGAUUGUGAUGGGAAAUCGCAUAGAACAAGUAUUUAUUGUUAUGGACUACAUUGAUCAUGAUCUAAAGGGUUUAAUGCAAGAUAUGCGUUCGCCGUUUUUGCAGUCCGAGGUAAAGACGCUGAUGUUGCAGCUGUUAUCAGCCGUUGCUUUGAUGCAUGAAAAUUGGUAUAUCCACCGUGAUUUGAAGACGAGCAAUCUACUGCUGAACAAUCGUGGAGAAGUCAAAGUGGCCGAUUUUGGAUUAGCAAGAAAAUAUGGUAGUCCUCUGGGAAAUAUGACACAACUCGUGGUGACAUUAUGGUACAGAGCACCCGAACUUUUGUUGGGCGCAAAGGAAUAUACAACAGCCAUUGAUAUGUGGUCUGUAGGAUGUAUCUUUGCAGAGUUACUGAAUAAUGAACCUUUAUUGCCAGGUCGAAGCGAAAUAGAUCAAUUAGAUAAGAUAUUCAAGUUGUUAGGUACACCUACUGAAGAAAUUUGGCCUGGAUUCUCAGAACUACCUCAUGCCAAGAACAUAGCACCCAUUCAUCAACCC